CAAAUACACUAGUGAAGACCUGUGAGGAGAUCUAUGAAGAGACAAGGGCAUAUGUUGUCCUUUUGUUAGCACGACCAGAGUCAAUGGACCAAGGCCUUCACAAGUAUUAUGUAUCACCAAACCUACAAGGCGACCCAAUAAUUCAUCCUGAACUACAAGAACAUCUCAAUGCUAUGUCUAAACUAUAUAUACGUGCUCGCCAGAUGGAGAAGAUGGGUAUGCAUGAUCGUCUCGCUGAGCAACGGCGGAAGGCAGAGGAGAGCCGCUUGCUGAAAGAACAAGCCGAGAGAGAGAGAGAGAAAGUGGGCAGCGCACUGGAAGCUUCGCAGCGUCAGAAUGAGAUGCUUGCCGCUCGGUUACGGGAACUGGAUCCAGAGUUCAUGAAUGCAAUGAACUGACAGUAUAUAAAAUAUUCCCUCGAUAUAACUUCCUAUUCC